AUGCUUUCUCCCCGUCUUCUCCAAUUCGGUCGGGACCAACUGUUCUGGGACUGUGCAACCAUCUCCGCGUGCGAAGCUCUUCCUGCGGGGUUCCCGCUUUCCCUCGACGAAAAGGCUGCCACAGACCGCUACUGGCGUCAACGCCUGCAAGAGGCCGACAUUUCCGUACGCUCGCCUGUAAAAGUCUCCGAAGGCUCUCUCGAGAAGCUAUGGAAGAACGUGGUUAGGACCUACACCUCCUGUAAACUUACCAAGCACUCCGACACGUCCAACGCUUUGUGGGGAAUCGCCAAGCUCUCAAGGGACAUUCUGCGUCAGGAGUACGCCCACGGAUUGUGGUCGAACUCCCUGGAAGAGCAGCUUGCAUGGCGAGUGGCUGGUGGUCCCAAAGUAGUGACAUUUUCGACUGAGGAGACAGGCGAGAAGCAAAAUGAAACAGCAACUAUGAUUCAGAAGACACCUCAGAAGGAGGAAACCUCCUUUCCAAGCUGGUCCUGGACUUAUUUGGACGUACCGAUCCAAGUCGCACCGAUGUUUUGCAAACGUCAUCGGUUCUACAAGGUGACUGAUCAAAACGGAGGCAACAUCGGCUCUCAAUUUGAGAACCCAUAUCGGAAUUGGUUACCGGGAGAGACAAUGCUUCUGAACGAGAAGUUUGAGAACAUGGCUCUAGAGCCGGAUAACGAUGACAAAUAUCGAAAAGCUCAGUUGGCUAGUACGUGGCGACCAGAUCAAAGGUCGAAGCUGAAAUCUGACAGGAUCUCCGUCCAGGGACAUAUUUGUCGAGGUACUCUGAUUUCUAUAUCCGGAAGAGAAGAUUGGGUGGUUGCCGUUGAUGGUAUCCGGGGGAAUGCGGUGAUUGAGGCUUUUUCGGACAUCCAACCAUCUCAUCACGAGAUUUCGUGUGAGUUUCUUGUUCUGGCGGCAUCUGGGGUAAAGUUUGACGAGCUGGGAUGCGGUAUUGGUGAGGUUGGUGUUGCUGAAGAUGCUGAAGAAGCUGUAGACGCUGAAUGUCUUGAAGACGCCGAGUAUCUUGAAGACGCCGAAAAUCUUAAAAGUUCUGAUGACGCGGAAACCGAAAACGAAGCUGGACACGGACUAGAGAAUGACGAUGAAGUGAGCGAUGCCGUCGUCGCUGGCGAUGGCGGCGACAUUCAAUCUUCAGGAGUGGGAAUCUGA